UUGUGCUGUUUCGUUUUACCGAUAUUCUGGGGGCGAUAUUCAUACGAUGCUCUAGUUAUUCCUCACUACUUCAGAUCUCAUAGAGUGCUAUCCAAUCUCCAAUGGACAUACCAACAACCUCCACAGCAGUCCCCAUGGACCUCUUCACUACUACGUCGUACGAGGAAGAGCAGGGAUAAAAUAUUGAAUGAUGUUGCUACCACUUUUUGGAUGGUAUUCAUAUUCUACGUGUUCGCCUCUGUCGCAUGGAUCACAUACUGCGUAAUUUCGUAUAGAAGGGAUAUGGAAAUGCUUAAGCUUACUGCCCAGGAGAAUGGUAUCGCUCGAUAUCUGGAGAUAAGGCAAGUAACAAUUUUCUUCUCUGACGCGGUCGCGUGUGUCUUCUUUCCUUGUAGAUAG